GUGCCAGAGGUGCUCAGUGUUUACAAACUCUGAGAAUAAGACUGUGUGUUUGGACGUUCACAGACCUAAAGGCUUAUGGCCACCAGGGUAAGAGACAGACCAUCACAUGGGUGACGGGCUCUUUAAACAUUGUAACACUACAGAUACAUUCAGCUUUAUCUUGUUUCCAUUUGUCAAAUGAAAAGAACUUAUUUGUAAAGAGCAGUCAGUUGGGCUGCCGCCCACCAAGUUUGUGUAAAUAAUCUCAGCAGGGUUGAUUACUUUACCCACAAUCUCAGCAGGGUUGAUUACUUUACCCACAAUCUCAGCACAGUUGAUUACUUUACCCACAAUCUCAGCACGGUUGAUUACUUUACCCACAAUCUCAGCACGGUUGAUUACUUUACCCACAAUCUCAGCACGGUUGAUUACUUUACCCACAAUCUCAGCACGGUUGCUUACUUUACCCACAAUCUCAGCACGGUUGAUUACUUUACCCACAAUCUCAGCACGGUUGAUUACUUUACCCACAAUCUCAGCACGGUUGCUUACUUUACCCACAAUCUCAGCACGGUUGAUUACUUUACCCACAAUCUCAGCACGGUUGAUUACUUUACCCACAAUCUCAGCACGGUUGAUUACUUUACCCACAGAUGCAAAGACACAGAGGAGAGGUUGUGCAACUUGAGGAAUCAAGCCCAGAACAAGUGUAAACGUUACAAGACCUGUAGCCAGUGUCUGGCCACGCACCCGCGUAUCAAGGACCAGGGACCAGUGAGUCUUGCUAACUUUUGUUUUAAUAGUACAGAGACUUCGGGUCCAAAUACUUACCUCCUAUGUAAAGCCUCAACACUCUGACCUAUUAAGUUGAGUUUAAAGUUUAUAUUUUGUUUCUAAGCACUGGAAACUUUAAAGGUUAAACUUAUAUCCUCAACACUGACUUGUUGUGUUGAGGUUAAAGAUUACACUGGUUCUUCUUUUCAAGCACAAGAUUCAUAAAUUAUUUGAUGUCCUGACCUCCAGGUGAUGCCAUGCCAAUAAACACUUUAAAAGCAUGAUCCUAUUGUUUGUUUCCAUCUCAGAACUGUGCCUGGUGCAGCAACUGCCGCACUCCCAGCUGUGUAACUCUAGGCGAAACCUGCCUGAAUCAGUGCAGCUCACCAAUCAGUCAAACCCAGACCCAAGAUUGUAUGGAGAACAGCUGUGCCGCCUCUGACUGUGAAAAGUGUGCGAAACUAGGGAACUGUUUCUGGAGCAGACACUUUCAGAGAUCCAGUGAGUCCAUUAUGUUUUUUCUGGUUACGACAUAUCCCCAGUGGUUUUUUAACCAAAGAUCAUCAACAUACGGGCAGUUGAAUCAUGAUCCAGCUGACUUAGAGCUUGGAGACAAAUGUUUUUGAUUGGAGCUUUGAAUGAAUCAUCAAAUAUCUGAGGAAAGGUCCUCUAAGAAAAUACAUUUGUGAUUGGGCCUGAUGAAUUAAAAAAAAACUACUUCUAAAUUAAACAAAGUAUAGAGUUCAUUUAGGGACUAACCUGUUAUGAAUAUAUUUAAGCCCCUCUUUGUUUAUACAUCACAAUGGUGGUUUUGAUGUCAAUUUCUGGCCGUUUUUAACUUGGUAUGUACAUCACAUGGUGGUUUUGAUGUCAAUGUCUGGCCGUUUUUAACUUGGUCUGUACAUCACAUGGUGGUUUUGAUGUCAAUGUCUGGCCGUUUUUAACUUGGUCUGUACAUCACAUGGUGGUUUUGAUGUCAAUGUCUGGCCGUUUUCAACUUUUUACCCUCCAGAUAUUUGAAAGUUCACUUUAUAAUCCGUGCAAGAAAAAGAAAGUUCUUUAAGAAAAUACUCUAUAUCUUGAGCCUGUCUGUACAUGGAAGAAAAUACUCUAUAUCUUGAGCCUGACUGUACACGGAAGAAAAUACUCUAUAUCUUGAGCCUGUCUGUACAUGGAAGAAAAUACUCUAUAUCUUGAGCCUGUCUGUACAUGGAAGAAAAUACUCUAUAUCUUGAGCCUGUCUGUACACGGAAGAAAAUACUCUAUAUCUUGAGCCUGUCUGUACACGGAAGAAAAUACUCUAUAUCUUGAGCCUGUCUGUACACGGAAGAAAAUACUCUAUAUCUUGAGCCUGUCUGUACACGGAAGAAAAUACUCUAUAUCUUGAGCCUGUCUGUACACGGAAGAAAAUACUCUAUAUCUUGAGCCUGUCUGUACACGGAAGAAAAUACUCUAUAUCUUGAGCCUGUCUGUACACGGAAGAAAAUACUCUAUAUCUUGAGCCUGUCUGUACACGGAAGAAAAUACUCUAUAUCUUGAGCCUGUCUGUACACGGAAGAAAAUACUCUAUAUCUUGAGCCUGUCUGUACACGGAAGAAAAUACUCUAUAUCUUGAGCCUGUCUGUACACGGAAGAAAAUACUCUAUAUCUUGAGCCUGUCUGUACACGGAAGAAAAUACUCUAUAUCUUGAGCCUGUCUGUACACGGAAGAAAAUACUCUAUAUCUUGAGCCUGUCUGUACACGGAAGAAAAUACUCUAUAUCUUGAGCCUGUCUGUACACGGAAGAAAAUACUCUAUAUCUUGAGCCUGUCUGUACACGGAAGAAAAUACUCUAUAUCUUGAGCCUGACUGUACACGGAAGAAAAUACUCUAUAUCUUGAGCCUGACUGUACAUGGAAGAAAAUACUCUAUAUCUUGAGCCUGUCUGUACACGGAAGAAAAUACUCUAUAUCUUGAGCCUGUCUGUACACGGAAGAAAAUACUCUAUAUCUUGAGCCUGUCUGUACACGGAAGAAAAUACUCUAUAUCUUGAGCCUGACUGUACACGGAAGAAAAUACUCUAUAUCUUGAGCCUGACUGUACACGGAAGAAAAUACUCUAUAUCUUGAGCCUGACUGUACAUGGAAGAAAAUACUCUAUAUCUUGAGCCUGACUGUACACGGAAGAAAAUACUCUAUAUCUUGAGCCUGACUGUACACGGAAGAAAAUACUCUAUAUCUUGAGCCUGACUGUACACGGAAGAAAAUACUCUAUAUCUUGAGCCUGUCUGUACACGGAAGAAAAUACUCUAUAUCUUGAGCCUGUCUGUACACGGAAGAAAAUACUCUAUAUCUUGAGCCUGUCUGUACACGGAAGAAAAUACUCUAUAUCUUGAGCCUGUCUGUACACGGAAGAAAAUACUCUAUAUCUUGAGCCUGUCUGUACACGGAAGAAAAUACUCUAUAUCUUGAGCCUGUCUGUACACGGAAGAAAAUACUCUAUAUCUUGAGCCUGUCUGUACACGGAAGAAAAUACUCUAUAUCUUGAGCCUGUCUGUACACGGAAGAAAAUACUCUAUAUCUUGAGCCUGUCUGUACACGGAAGAAAAUACUCUAUAUCUUGAGCCUGUCUGUACACGGAAGAAAAUACUCUAUAUCUUGAGCCUGUCUGUACACGGAAGAAAAUACUCUAUAUCUUGAGCCUGUCUGUACACGGAAGAAAAUACUCUAUAUCUUGAGCCUGUCUGUACACGGAAGAAAAUACUCUAUAUCUUGAGCCUGUCUGUACACGGAAGAAAAUACUCUAUAUCUUGAGCCUGUCUGUACACGGAAGAAAAUACUCUAUAUCUUGAGCCUGUCUGUACACGGAAGAAAAUACUCUAUAUCUUGAGCCUGUCUGUACAUGGAAGAAAAUACUCUAUAUCUUGAGCCUGUCUGUACAUGGAAGAAAAUACUCUAUAUCUUGAGCCUGUCUGUACAUGGAAGAAAAUACUCUAUAUCUUGAGCCUGUCUGUACAUGGAAGAAAAUACUCUAUAUCUUGAGCCUGACUGUACAUGGAACAAAAUACUCUAUAUCUUGAGCCUGACUGUACACGGAAGAAAAUACUCUAUAUCUUGAGCCUGACUGUACACGGAAGAAAAAAUAGUUAACAGUACACCAUGUUUUUGUGCUGUAUAUUUUUUGACUCACAGUUUGUAUACUUGCCUCAAUUUGUUUCUGACUUGAUAGUCCUGCUCCUAAGGGUUUCAGCUAUUGAUGUUUCAUCCAAAGGGUGAUUAGAUUCAUUACUGCUCUUCACGGAAUUCAGUUCCAGUAUUGUAACUUUGCCAGCCACGAAGAAGAUUACACUGUUGACCAUGAAAUGGAUUACAAUGUUUUCUUAACUAUCUCCCCCCCAGCUGAAGCAGGUCGUUACUUCACCCCCCAGCCCAUGUACAACUGGAACUGUGUCACGUCCGGACUGAAGCCGUCUGCCACGGGCAAAUACUACUCUGCUCCCCCCGAGCAGUGUCCAGCGCGGUGCCACACGCACAGAACCUGUGAGAGCUGUCUGAAGUCCCACGGCAGUGAAGGGGGGUCCAGUGAGUGUAUGUGGAGUGAGAUGCUUCAGGAGGUAAGAGCAUUCAUUUAUUCAUUCAUAUAUUUAUUUUGAGUAAACAAAUUUUGAACUAAUACCUCACCCAUUCAUCCAUGGAGCCAAAGAUGUGCAAUUAAAACAGCAUGAAAGAUCAAAACAAAAUCAUCCCAUCUUAGUUAAGUAUGCAGCAUUUAAAACAAUAAUUUUCUGUUUUUUCUUAAAAAUGUAUAGCUAAACUAGCACCAAUGGCAUAAUCAAUACUUCCAAGUAUAAUAUUACAGCCAUUUAAGAAAUGGAAGAAGAAAAAAAAUGCAACUGAAAAAAUUUUGAUUUACUCCUUAAGUUAAAGAAAAGUAGAUAUCAAGUAUAUAACAUCAAAUAUUUCUAAACUUAUCUUUAUACAUUUUAUUCUUCAACAGUGUAUGGCACCAGCCUACCUCCCCUUGAGAUGCACCCUGGGAGAGUGCCAUUUUGUCAGAGCGGGUAGAGAAUACACCUGCCCCACUCCUUGUGAGACUUACACAAAGUGUGCCGACUGCAUAGCCUCCCCUGACUGUGGCUGGUGUGCGUUUGGCGGAAUGAACGGCCAGGGGGUCUGUAUGCCAGGUGGUAUCCUGGGUCCCACUCAAGGUGGGGCAUGCUCCGAAGGAAACUUCAGUAUCAGCCUACCUUUUGUUAGUGAAAUAGGUAGGUUGCACUAAUGAAAUCAAUGGGGAGGACUGUCCGUAUUAGAUGAUAUACCUUUUGUUAGUGAAAUAGGUUGGUUGCACUAAUGAAAUCAAUGGGGAGGACUGUCCGUAUUAGAUGAUAUACCUUUUGUUAGUGAAAUAGGUAGGUUGCACUAAUGAAAUCAAUGGGGAGGACUGUCCGUAUUAGAUGAUAUACCUUUUGUUAGUGAAAUAGGUUGGUUGCACUAAUGAAAUCAAUGGGGAGGACUGUCCGUAUUAGAUGAUAUACCUUUUGUUAGUGAAAUAGGUAGGUUGCACUAAUGAAAUCAAUGGGGAGGACUGUCCGUAUUAGAUGAUAUACCUUUUGUUAGUGAAAUAGGUUGGUUGCACUAAUGAAAUCAAUGGGGAGGACUGUCCGUAUUAGAUGAUAUACCUUUUGUUAGUGAAAAAGGUUGGUUGCACUAAUGAAAUCAAUGGGGAGGACUGUCCGUAUUAGAUGAAAUACCUUUUGUUAGUGAAAUAGGUUGGUUGCACAAAUGAAAUCAAUGGGGAGGACAGUCCGUAUUAGAUGAUAUACCUUUUGUUAGUGAAAAAGGUUGGUUGCACUAAUGAAAUCAAUGGGGAGGACUGUCCGUAUUAGAUGAAAUACCUUUUGUUAGUGAAAAAGGUUGGUUGCACUAAUGAAAUCAAUGGGGAGGACUGUCCGUAUUAGAUGAAAUACCUUUUGUUAGUGAAAUAGGUAGGUUGCACUAAUGAAAUCAAUGGGGAGGACUGUCCGUAUUAGAUGAAAUACCUUUUGUUAGUGAAAUAGGUUGGUUGCACUAAUGAAAUCAAUGGGGAGGACUGUCCGUAUUAGAUGAUAUACCUUUUGUUAGUGAAAAAGGUUGGUUGCACUAAUGAAAUCAAUGGGGAGGACUGUCCGUAUUAGAUGAUAUACCUUUUGUUAGUGAAAUAGGUUGGUUGCACUAAUGAAAUCAAUGGGGAGGACUGUCCGUAUUAGAUGAUAUACCUUUUGUUAGUGAAAAAGGUUGGUUGCACUAAUGAAAUCAAUGGGGAGGACUGUCCGUAUUAGAUGAUAUACCUUUUGUUAGUGAAAAAGGUUGGUUGCACUAAUGAAAUCAAUGGGGAGGACUGUCUGUAUUAGAUGAUAUACCUUUUGUUAGUGAAAUAGGUUGGUUGCACUAAUGAAAUCAAUGGGGAGGACUGUCCGUAUUAGAUGAUAUACCUUUUGUUAGUGAAAUAGGUUGGUUGCACUAAUGAAAUCAAUGGGGAGGACUGUCCGUAUUAGAUGAAAUACCUUUUGUUAGUGAAAUAGGUUGGUUGCACUAAUGAAAUCAAUGGGGAGGACUGUCCGUAUUAGAUGAAAUACCUUUUGUUAGUGAAAUAGGUUGGUUGCACUAAUGAAAUCAAUGGGGAGGACUGUCCGUAUUAGAUGAUAUACCUUUUGUUAGUGAAAUAGGUAGGUUGUACUAAGGAAAUCAAUGGGGGGUACUGUCCGUAUUAGAUGUUAUCAAAAAAGCUAAGUUUGUGAGACCUAGCAACCAACGUCCGAUAGUAAUUUGAGGUUCUACCUCAGUGCAAAAGGUCUGUAGCAUUAAAUUUGUACUUUAUACUUUAAAGAUAGACAAGAAGAUGUGGCUCAACUGUAAGGUUAAUACUUCUGAAUGACCAUCAAAUAAAGGGGCUGGAAAAGGCUGCAAACUUCCAGGUGGCAGCCGUGCAAAUUAUUUAAAUGUAAAUUUGUUAUACAUUAAGUAUCAAAUCAUUCUAGUUUUAUUGUUGAAAUUAAGUCUCACAAUGCUUGUUAAUCUACAAUUUUGUCUCAACAUUUAUUUGGAGACAUUGUUUCCUGAAUACCACACCAUGCCAACAAUAAGCGACUUAUUUAAUAUGAAAUAAUUUUUUAAAAUGUUUUCUUGUCAAUUUGUUUCAAUGACCACCUACAGUGUUUUACAGUGCUUGUAAUAACUUGUCACAAUGUCUUUCAGUGGAAGGCAAAGGCAAGCCAGAGAUCCCCUCAUCACAUAUAGCCCACCCUAUCUGGUCGUACGACACGUGCCAGCCCGAGAAUGAAUGCCUCAACAACCACCACACUUGUAAUAACAUAACCCAGAACUGCUACGACACCCUGAAACACUUCAGGUGUGACUGCAAGGAAGGAUACAUCUUGAUGUAAGUGCAUUUCUGCUGCUUAUGUUAUUUAAAACCUGGAAACAGCAGAUCUUGAAAUAGUAUUGUCCCUGGCAUAUGCUCUAACUUACCUCGUCUGGAUUGUAUCAUUGUUCAUGAUCAUCAUUCUGGCUGAGCCUUCAAAUAGCCUUCAAAUUUUUAUAAUUGUAGCUCAACUUUGUGCCUUCAUUUUUUAGCUACUUUAUUGUGUGUAGAAAGUAGAGCCAAUCCCUCUAUGACCACAGGACUUGUGUGUCCUGCAUAUGGGCAAGCUUUCCAGGCACAGUUAGAAGUUUCAAGUCACCUGCGCACCCGCCGUCAAUUAUAUCAGUGGCCAUCUUCCCAUGCCAAAGACGAACAACACUUUUUUUGUAAUAAAAUUACAAUGAUAAGAGGCUAACUAUAUAUUUUAAACAUUGGACAAGAUCAUAAAUUCCAUGGCCUGUUUUUUGUGUUUUUUUUUAAUAGUUCAAACACUUCAAAUAUUUUAAGUUGUUUUUAAAGGGUACUUGUUCAAUGUCCAGAUCCUUCAGUCCACAUGGGUUUCUAGGAAAAACAACAAAUAUAAAAAAAUAUAAAAAAAACAACUCCUUUCAAUGUUAAUAUAUUAUUAUUUAGCAAUGUUAUGUCCUGUGAGUUUCUUGUUAUUCUCUUAUGACGGGCAUAAAUUAAUUUUAUCCCCAGAGCCAACAAGUGUGAACCCGUGUGCCACCAAAGCUGUGUGAAAGGUGUGUGCAUCAAGCCUGACCACUGCCAGUGUGACUUUGGCUACGUGGGCAGCAACUGCUCGGUGGAGUGCCUCUGCAACAAGCACAGCAACUGUAAGAGUGUCGCUGAGCCGGGGAAAUGUCUCAAGUGUGAGAACAACACGAGGGUGAGCGCAAUCUGAAAUCUGGCACAAGUGUUUUGUGGGUCUCACAUUUUAUUCAAUCGGAUCUCUUAUUUCAGUUUUAAGCCUGAAAAAAAUUCUUGUUGAUUAUCAUUUUCUGUUACAAAAGUAUAGUUUACCAUAAAGACUUGUGAUUUUAUUUGCACCAUUAGAAAACAAUGGCAUGGAUAUUUAUUGAACAGGUACAAACAACAAUGCCAACUUUAAAUUGUUGAAAUCUGUUUGUUGCUUUACCUCUAGCCAGGUACUGUUUGUAUAAAUAUUUGGUUAAAUUUGUUAAUCUGGAGAAACUGCUCUAUGGAGGUGUAAUGAAGGCUACGGUGUCACCUUAAAGUAAAUUAUGUCUUGUUAUUUGAUGUGAUUGCAGGGUGACCGAUGUGAAGAAUGCUUGCCUGGAUUUGUUGGUAACCCAGAGGAGGGUGGACGUUGUAUUCCCUGCAGGGAGUUCUGUAACAAUCACACAGACAAGUGCAUGACUAAAGAUGAUUAUAAUCUCUCUUUGGUGGGAAACUCUGCUGUGAGUUUACAGUACUAGCUUUUGUUUAUAUUUAUAACCAAUAAAAUAUAACUAGUGUACACAAUGAGACAAAUGUUCAGCUUAUUGUUAGAUGAUAUGACAAGCAUUUUUGUGUUUGUUCCAGAGGGUGGGAACGGGAAUUAUAAAAAAAAAAUAUCCAAUUUUAUUUUAUAAGAAAAAUAACAGGAAUGAUCAGGAGGGUGUCAUUCAGCGAUUCAGUUCCAUUAUGGAAAAAAAAAAAAAAUCCUUUCAUCCAUAAUCUUUGAUCUUUACAUAACAAACUUGAACAAUUCCAACAAAUUACAAAAUCAACUAAUGCAUGACAUCUGUAAAAAAACAAAGAAAGAUGCAGAAGUGUCGGAACUGUCAAAGGUAAACCUGUUUUAUGAUUUAAUCUCUGUUUGAAUUUUUUUUCUCUCCCUUUUAGAAAUCAAAAAGCUUUUACAAAAAUCAGGCCCAGUGUUUUGAUUGCCAGCACAACACAACAGGUGAACACUGUGGGAGCUGCAUCAGUGGCCACUUCCGUAAGAUGGACGAGCCAAAGACCAAACCUUGUCGGGAGUAAGUGGGUCUAUUCAUUAAUGUUUACACUGUCAGUAGCUGUUUAGUUGGCAUUAUUUCCAUGUUUGGAGCACGUGGAUCUAUUCAUUAAUGUUUACUCUGCCAGUAGCUGUUUAGCUGGUUUAAACUUGUUAAUAAGAUUUUUGGAAUAUCUUGAAUACAAUGCUGAGGUGGUUGAAUCAGUUAUCUCAGUCACCAGUUGUUUUUGACAAAUGCUGAGAUAAUGUUGCAUUAACCUAAUCAACCCGUAGCGGCCAAAUCAGGCGAAAUCCAGCCAGUACUGAUUCAAUCCCACUAUGGCCAAAUCCGGCCACUCAACCCUUUGUUUACACAUUGCUAAAUAGGAAGCGGAAAUCUCGCUAUUUAAAAAAAAAUCUCGCUAGAAACGAGACCAAUGGAGAUUACUCUCGUUUUUAAAUAUUUUUAUUUAUUGGGCGAGGAGUAUUAAUUAUUUAAAAGGCAGAUUUUUAUUUUAGUGUUAUGAUCAUUAGUAUUCAAAUACUUCGUCAGAAAUUGACUUUUAUGAAUUUACACAAGAAAAGCAUUAGGAAUGUUACACAACAUGUAACCAUCUAUGAAUGCAAAUCAAUUUAUUUCAGAUAAAUAUACUGUUCAAUAGAUUUGUUUAAAAAUUUUUUCAAAACCUUUCUACGGUAAGGAUGGAGUUGCUCCCCUUAGGUUCAGGUUUCCAAUGAUAAAAUUUCUGAGCGCCCAGGAUUGAAGGGGUUUAGAUAACAAAUUUUCUUUGAAAAGUGUUUCAAUUGUAAAUGUAGAAAGCAAAGUCAGUUCAAUACACUGAAAAUGAGAGGUCUAUUUAACAUGUAUUCUUUUAAAUCUAGCGAACAAGUUUUUAUCUUGCUUCUUUUCACUCAGAUGUCAGUGCAAUGGUCACGGCAACGUUUGUAACAUGGACACAGGAGAGAACUGCCAGUGUAAGAACAACACUGAGACCAUGUGUGAGAAGGAUGUUGAAUGCUGGGAAAUGCAGGUAAAUUCUGGAUUGCAAUGUAACUGCCAGGACUAGACUACAUCUGUGCUCUGUAAAUUUUAUUUGUCUUGAAUUAUUUCUAGAUCUUAGUUUAAAUUUUAGAUUUCGACUUGUUUAAUAGGAUCUGAGAGGGCCGUUGUAAUCUAUUUUUAUAACGCACAAGAGAGCUGUACAAUUUUUUUAUACCCCUGUUUGGUUCCAACACUCCUCUUCCUUUCACUCAUUUACAGUUGGGGGUAGUUAUCAGAAUAUAAUAUAUUAGUGCAAAAUAGGGUAUUCUUUUUCUUUUUUUUUAACCAUCUUUUCCUAAAUUAUUAAUCUCAAGUUACUUGGUAGGCUUUUUAAAUGAACCACGUAAAAUCUCACCAGUAACUUUAUUUUUACCUGUGACAGACUGUGAUAAUGUGAUCUGCAUGUUUACUCAAUAUAAAUUAAUAUCUAUAGCAAAUACACGUCUGCAAAAAAAAAACGUGACAGCAGAUUUAAAUAUUUAAAAAUGUUGGUCAUUUAUUUUUGGAGUUAUCUUUUUUGACUCAAGCCUUGCUCAAUCCCACUAUACAUUAUAAAUACUGUAUGUUUAUUGAUUUACUUGUAAUAUUCUAUAUGGUACAAUUUUGAGGUUAUGUACGAUAUAAAAAUAAAAACUUUCAUUCUUUAAUUUAUUAAUAGUUUUCUUUCAAUAAUUCUGUUCAUGCUUCGAAAAAGCCAAUCCAAAUGCAGACAGAAAUUCAUUUGAGAGUUAAUACAUGACCGCCUCCACAUAAUUCUGGAGCAAAAGACGCGUAUGUUGUGGGUCUUGCACCUUUUACAUGGUGACCAGUGGAAACAAGAGAGAUCUCUCAUGGAGCUUUAUUUAUUCAGUAUUUUAAUGACCCAUUCUUAAACACAGCACAAAACAACAGAAACUGAGCAUUAAACAAAAUUCUAAAAAUGGAGAAGAUUUCAACUUUCAAGACAGGAAUUUUUCAUUCCAAUAAAGUAAAGAAUACCAGUGACGAGCUUGCUGUUAAACAUUUGGCAAUCAUAUGCUAAUGUAAAAAAAAUAUAUAAAUAUAUAAUCCAAAAUGCCAUAAUUUCCUCAGUGUGCAAACUGCAAGGAGUAUUUCCUGGGCACGCCGACCAACGGCCACCAGUGCUAUCGUCAGAUGAAUGUAGACAGGGACUACUGCUUCGACCCAGACACUCAAAACAACUGCAACCAGUUCCCCAAGGCUCUGCAGAUGGGAAAAACCGUUUUCUUUGUGGUGCAGCCAAAGUAUCUCAAUGUGGAUAUAAGGAUCACCAUAGAUGUCACUGUGGGAAGUGAGUCUUGUUGCUUUAUCCAUGUCUCUGUGUUGCAAGCUGUGUGAUGAAUGCGAUGGCCACAUCUGCUUUUUCUUUCAAAACACAGAAAUGCUUGAAAAUUAUUUAUGCUUUAAAGACACUUUUUAAAUGUUUAAAAUUUCAACCAGGGUUUAACUUCAUUCUUGAGUUGGAGGCCUGAAAAAGAUGUUUUUCAGAGGUCAGGGGUCAUGAUUUAACUACCCUUGAUAUCUGACCCUUAAACAUAAAGAAAACACCAUUAGAUAAUAAUAGGAAUAAAAUCAACACUUUAUUCUUCCUUUUUAUAUUUAUUCUACCCCGGCAACCUUUUUACACUUGUUCAUUUCAGGUGCAGAUGUCUUCUUGUCUAACAAAAAGGACACCUAUCAAGUAUUCAACGAUGAGUUCUACAGAAUGCACACCAUUUUCCUGGACAAAACAUACGCAUCUGGUCGGGCUGGACUGGCACGCAGGAGUAUCAUGAUUAAUUCAGGUGAAUUUGACGAUGAAGUCAUUCGACGCAGCCUGCAGCUGCAUGAGAGUGGGUCCGUCCUUAUUACAGACAAGGUCCCCGAUUAUCUAAAGCUCAAAACCACCGACACGGAAUUCUACAAGCUGUCCCAGUUUGAGAGCCUGAAGAAAGCGGCUGCAAAGCCAGGAGACAGCAGCAGGAAGAAAGAUUCCAAGGCAAAUAGUUCCAACCUCUAUUUUGAUUUCUCUGAAAGCACGGACAAAGAUGAUGAUGAUUCCAGCGAUAAGGAGGAUGACGAGGAUGAGGCUGAGGAUGCAUUCGACGAAGACCGGAAAGGAGGGAAAAAAUUGAACAAGCGCAAACUGAAGCACAAAAAAGGGCGUAAGACUCAGAAGAAUUUCCACGAGAGUGUGAGGCAAAAAAUGAGCUAUAUUCAGGACUUCAAACCGGAUGACAUAGAGAAACUUUUCUAUGUUGUGUCUGACAAAAGUUCCAACUUGGAGAAUGAAAGUGUGCUGCCCCAGCAUUACGAAAAUGUACUCAACAAAUGGAGGAAUCAGACGGCGGCCAAGAAACGGCAGAGGAGGGGAACAGUUGUCACCGAUGCCAACAAGGAAGGGAAAAGCUUGGCAGGGCUGAGCGGAACCAAGAUGGGAGAGAUUGAGGCUGGAGAACUGAAUACGUACAUCACCGUGGGACAGCAGAACAGCAUGCUGGUUGUUCGGGAUGUCAGGUUCCGUUUGGUCAUAACGCUGCCUCGUGACCAGCACGACCUGCGGACAUCCAAGUUCUUUAUCAUCGUGAGGUCGCGUGGUGGAAGCCCCGAUAACACAACGUAUGGCAACUUGUAUUUCAGACAGGAUCAGCCUCACAUUGAUCUGUUUGUAUUUUUCUCUGUGUUUUUCUCCUGCUUUUUCCUAUUCUUGGCCGUGUGCGUGAUGCUGUGGAAGAUGAAACAGACAUUUGACGCCCGCAGGUCGCGGCAGAUGAGAGAAAGGGAAAUGGAAUGCAUGGCGUCUCGGCCAUUUGCAAGAAUUCUUGUCCUGGUGGAGCACGAUGAACCACUUUAUCUCCCGCUCCAUUCUGGUUUGAUAAGGCGCCGUUCAAGACUGAGCCGUUACCGAAAUCAGUAUUACAACAACAAUGAGAUCAACACCUUGUCAAGCUUGCCCCCGCCCAGAGAGCUGCGUGUCAUCCCCAUCGCCAUUGAGCCAACAGAGGACGGGCUUGCCAGCGUCGGAACCGUUUUGUUUCAGCUGCCAGGCGGGUCUGCCGCACCAUCACAUUUGUGUCUGGGCUCGGCGCUGACCACAAGAAUCACACCCCCGGUGCUGACACAGAAAUCUGCAAACAUUAGACGGCGAACCAGUGCAUCCUCGUGCUGAGAUUAGUCCAGAAACUAUUUAUUACAAACUGUCCUCAUUUGAUGGUUCAGCUUCACUGUGUGAGCUCACCUGCAGUGGGGUGCAAUAGACGGCUGAUAAUUCUAUAACAUAGAUAAGUGGAGAGACCUCCUACAAUGCAUCCAACAAGCCAUAUGAACUGCAAUUAAUUAGUAUUAUUAUUUUUGCUUUUUAUUAGUCUGGGCUGCAUGGGGUAGCCAUGUUUGUCAACAGGAUGCUGGUAAAAACGUACUGAAUGGUAACUGACCAAUGACAGUCCUUUAUAAGAGUCUUCAGUGAAGAAAUGGACAAUGAAAAUUUAAUUGUUGCCAGUUAAUGCAAGUUGAAAGUGCGGAUUUAAAAAUCCUCGAAUGGCAGAUAGCUUAAAAGAUUUUCAAAAUUGCAAAUGAAUGAUUUUGAUACCGGUAUUGUUCAAAAGCUUUAGUAGCAGAUUUUCAGUUACAGAAAAGUCAAUAAACAUAAGACACUACCACUUGAAACAACUUUUGUGUGAAAGACCCAAUUUUCUAUUUAUUUUUUUUUUUGAGAAUUGUAAGUCUGUUGAUGCGUAAUGAGAAAUAACAAAAAGUCAGUGGAUGUGAAAUGAGUGUUACAAAAAAAAAAAAAAAAUCUGUAGGUGUGAAUUUGUGAAAUGAGAAAAAGUUAUAAACAUUCUCCUCAGCUUGAAGAGAAAUAUUUAUGGUGUGUUAAACUUUUCAUGGCUGUUAAAAAAAAAAAGAACAUUUUUUAACAAAUUUGUAUCUUGUACUGAUAAUUUAAUCUGAUAUAUAAUUAUGAACAAGUUUGGAUGUAAUAUUUUCCCCUAGCUACAUGUCUCAACAAUUGUUUUAAUGUUUUAUUCAAAGUUCUUAUGGUAUGAUGAUAUUCUGUUGUUAUAUUUUUGUUAUAGCUGAUCAAUGAUCUUAAAACUGUAUUGUUUUGGGUCAUCUCCACAAAGUGUCCAUCACCACAUGGAGCAUCUUGUUAUUUGGCCAUACUGGUUUUAAACCUGUUCAUUAUUCAUACAUGUCAGUAGUUAAAAAACAAACCAGAAAAUAUUUGGUUGUUCAUAUUUAUGUGAAGAUUCAAUGUGAGAUUUGGUGGUUUGCCAUUGGAGAAAUGUCAGGGUAAAAUGUUCAACUGUUAUGGUGAAUCUUACUGCUCUGGAUCACCCAACCGCCCAUCCUGGUAGAUCUACUGUUCAGAGAGAAUCUUACUGCCAUGGAUCACCCAACGACGGCCAUGCUGGUAGAUCUACUGCUCAGAAGGUGCACAUCUUAACUGCCACCACACAUGGAUUUUAAUGCUCAUCAAGUUGACUAAGAUAGACCAAGUUGUAAUUUGAGAUAAACUUAAUCUGAAAACAAUUAAAUGAUGGUUGGGGGGUCAUCCCCCCCCCCAACCCACUUUCUCUGAAUCAACACAUCACCUAAAAUAAUCCUUUGUUAUUUUCUCUUUGCUGAUUAGCCAGAGCACUUAUUAGAUUAAGCCUCAUAUUCUUGCUGAAAAUCCUAGGUGGAUUAGAAAACUGAGUGUAAUCCAACUGUUUUAAACUGUCAUUCAUCCUGAUGUUCUCGUCAAACAGUACUUAAUUUGACCUGCAUUGUCUUUGUUCUUUAAAUGUACAUUCUUUUAAAUGGAAUGAUCCAUUCAUUUCUCUGAAGACUUUGCUUCCUGCGGCACUGAUGCAUUUCUUGUGUUUCACCACUUACCAAUCUCCAUCAAAACCUUUUUUUGAUUUCUUUUUUUUCCCUCCCCUAUCUUCUUCAUGUUAUUGGAAAAAAAAAGGGGGGGGGGUGGAAGAGCAUCUAAGGAACUUAAUAGUGAUAGCAAUCCUUGAGUCUACAAUCAAAACCUCAGUAGUGUACAUUCAUCUGGUUGAUUUGAUUCUCCUUGAAUUUUUAUCCACACUUUCAUGACUGGAGUGCCGUGUAUAUUAAAACAAUCUAAGCUAUUUCCUUGGCAGAAGAAAUUUUUGAAUUUCUCAAUAAUGCACAAAAAAUAUUUCACCAGGGUGGUGGAUCAAUUUUUGUGUUGUUGGGUGGGGGGAGAGGGUGCCAUGAAAAUGUAUAUGCAUGCCACCGAAGAGGACCCUUGAGGCCUAAAGCUAUCUUCAUUUGUAGCCGCACACCAAACUAAAUUAACCAACGAAUGAAAGUUGAAUCCACUAUGAUGUUGUCCUUGCUGGCACCCAAGGCCUGUAGUACUUGCUGGCUCUUUAAGUCCAAGGUCUUAUUCUAGUCGUCUACUCUAUAUUUUAUUUGCACUUGUGUUCACUUCUUUUACCCCUUGUUUUCCCCAGUACUGUACAAUUCUAAUGAGGUACAAUUGAUCUUUGCUUACAAUUUGAUGUAUGGUAUGUAUAUAUUGCUAUAUUUGGUUAUAGAUGCUGUACAGUUUUAUUGUAUGGUUAUAUAAUGGUUCCAAAUGCUUGUCAACAACACACAUUGAUAUUUUAGAAGUAUCAAUAGGGAAAAAAACAACCAAAAACAUGUAUCAUGUAUAUUAACAGAACAUUGUCAUGGACAUAUUUUCUCCUACAUUUGCACUGACACUGAAUAGACAUUGUAUUAUAAAAUCGUAUUCCAUUGAUAAAAUGCCAGUCACAGUGAAAAGAUGUUUUUAAAAAGGCCAGUUUGG